ACACAAAAAUUGGUCUCUCUUUACAAAGGGUGGAGUCAGUUUCUUUGUUUUCUUCGAAAUGGCUGCUUCUGUAGCGUUGGAAGCACCAUCGUCACAUUUACAUUCACAUUCAACAACAAACCCAUUAUUCUCUUCUUCUUCAAAAUUCCAUUAUCGUAACAAUAAUGCUUCCAAAUUCUACGCUUUUCCUUCAAAAUCCACAGUUUUUCUCACUCUUACUUCUUCCGCCCCUAAUCAUAUCAGACAUGCUUCCGGAAUUGAUUCUUCUUCUCCGGUUCAAGAACCUGAACCGGUUUUAGAAUUGGGUCUUGACCCGAUUCGAGAUAGGAGACGGGUUGUUAGGGUUGCGUGGGAGAAACUGGUCCGUUGGUCAAGGUCUUGGCGGUCUAAGUCUAAUACUGAUGUGCUUCAACGCACCAACAAGGUGGUAGUGCUUGGAGGAGGAUCAUUUGGUACAGCAAUGGCCGCUCAUGUGGCCCAUAGAAAGGAUCAGUUAGAAGUCGUGAUGCUUGUUCGAGAUCCUGAAGUUUGCUCCUCUAUCAAUGAGAGCCACUGCAAUCGUAACUACUUCCCGGAUCACACACUGCCGGAAAAUGUAGUCGCAACAACUGAUGCAAAAUCUGCUUUGCGUGAUGCGGAUUACUGCUUGCAUGCUGUGCCUGUUCAGUUCAGCGCAGCAUUUCUUGAAAGUGUCGCUGAUUAUGUUGACCCAGGCUUGCCAUUCAUAUCUCUCAGUAAAGGCCUGGAGCUUAAUACACUGAGGAUGAUGGCUCAAAUUAUUCCUCAAGCACUGCGAAACUCUCGCCAGCCUUUUGUUGCACUGUCCGGGCCUUCUUUUGCUUUGGAAUUAAUGAAUAAGCUACCUACAGCAAUGGUCGUGGCAUCAAAAGACAAAAAGUUGGCAAAUGCAGUUCAGCAGCUACUAGCUUCAAAUCAUUUAAGAAUCAGCACAUCCAGUGAUGUUACAGGAGUUGAAAUAGCAGGUGCCCUUAAGAAUGUGCUUGCAAUAGCAGCUGGGAUUGUAGAAGGUAUGAAUCUAGGUAACAACUCAAUGGCUGCUCUUGUCACACAGGGUUGUUCUGAAAUACGGUGGCUUGCGACAAAGAUGGGUGCAAAGCCAACUACAAUAACUGGUCUGUCAGGAACUGGAGACAUAAUGCUUACAUGUUUUGUCAGCCUUUCAAGAAAUAGAACUGUUGGUGUGCGUCUUGGAUCAGGCGAGAAGCUUGAGGACAUACUUAAUUCAAUGAAUCAGGUAGCAGAAGGUGUCUCAACGGCUGGAGCUGUGAUUGCUUUGGCGCAAAAAUAUAAUGUAAAAAUGCCAGUAUUGACAGCAGUCGCUCGUAUUAUUGACAAUGAACUUACUCCCAAGAAAGCUGUUUACGAGUUAAUGAGCCUUCCUCAGGUUGAAGAAGUAUGAAACCUCCCAACAACACAUGGUUUAUCUACCAGCUACUUUUUAACUGCUGAUUGAAAGGCAUUCGUGUAGUCAAUUCUUUUUCACCAUUGUGCUUCCAAUGCUGUGAAGGCUUGGUGAUAACAAUUUUGUACGAUUGGAGUUGAACCAUACAGUUAUAAGAAUUUGAUAAAUGUGUAGUUUCUGCACAACAUAUAUAUUCUUAACUUAUUAAUGCAUGUCAUUUCUUAGAAGAAA